UUUAAUAAAUCACUCGCUCAGAUCAUUCCGUCUAAUUGAUAUUCCCCAUUGCAAGCCAAGGCACUCCCCUUUUUGUGUGAAGGAAAAUCUCCCUCAGUCGCAUCCAAAGCCGAUCAAGCUGAAGAGACAUAUCAGCGACUUGAACUAGCGGGCGGCUGCACCAUCACACCGCUUCUAAUCAGCGACCUGUGCUUUAGUCUCAAACCGUUACAACACGUUAACUGGAUUUUAUUUUGUAAACUUACUACACCUAAUGUGAGAGAGUGGCAAAGAAUACUGGAAUCUCAGACAAAAGAGAUGGGUGCCUUUGGGGUGAUAUUAGGGACUUUACAUUACAUGGGACUCUACAUCCAACUUACUGCCUCCACAAGGCAAGGUGGACACGCAGAGUUAGUGAACCACAUCUCCGGGAACGCUGUGUUCACAGAGGUUCCCCAUGACAUCACAGCACAGAGUGGCCAGGACGUGGAGAUGGCGUGCUCCUUCCGGGGGGCAGGCCCCUCCUACUCCCUGGAGAUCCAGUGGUGGUACAUCAGAAACCACAGAGACUGGACAGAGAAACAGCCCUGGACCACCAAUCAGGUUGUACCCCAGGAUGAGAUGUCAAAGGAUGCUACCAAAAUAAGUGUGGUGAAGGUUGCCGGGAGCAACAUCUCCCACAAGCUUUGUCUGUCCAGCGUGAAGCCGUCUGACGAGGGCACAUACGAGUGCCGCGUGAUCGACUUCAGCGACACCGACAGCAACGCCCGCCACCACAAGGUGAGGGCCUACCUGCAGGUGGAGUCAGAGAGAAACCAGAACCCGAAGCUGCGCCACCAUGGAGAAAACUUCCAACCCCAGGACACCAAGGGACUGGCGAGCAGCAGGCACCAGCCGGAGCAUGGCAAGCACUCGCCAGCAGCCCACCACAAACCAACAGGCACUGGCAAGGAGCUGAGGAAGAGGUCUGCAGAGACUGGCAGCGCUACUGACUGUACUGACAGCUGUCCUCUACACCUCACAGCUCACCCAUAGCCUCCUCUGCCUGUUUGGUCUGGCCUCAGCCCCACACCCCGGGUGGGUAGUUCCAGUCCCGGAGGGCGCAAUGUACCUAGACCUCUGAUUCAUCCCAGCUGAUUGCUCACCCACCCCUACCACUGCUCCAGACACCAAAGGGACUAUAUCUCAGUGCCACCUCAGUCCUAUAUCUCUGACCUCUGCCCUCACACUGUCCCAACAAAAACAUCCCAAGUCCUCUCCAGGCCAAACUCUCUCCCACCCCUUCUCUCUCCCUGGGGCGGCAGGGUAGCCUAGUGGUUAGAGCGUUGGACUAGUAACCGAAAGGUUGCAAGUUCGAAUCCCCAAGCUGACAAGGUACAAAUCUGUCGUUCUGCCCCUGAACAGGCAGUUAACCCACUGUUCCUAGGCCGUCAUUGAAAAUAAGAAUUUGUUCUUAACUGACUUGCCUAGUUAAAUAAAGGUCCAUUUAUUUUUUAUUUUUUACCACAACCCUCUAGAUCAGGGGUGGGCAACUUUGAUGGGGAUGGGGGCCACAAAAAAUCUGAACUCAUCCUGAGUGGCCACAGUGUGCGCACCCACAUCCAUACCCACACAUGCAGUCAGAGCCGGCCCUAGUGUUUUUCACCCUAAGCUACAUUUUGUUGGGGGGCCCCCCACCCUGCGAGCAAAACAUUUUAGCAUCCCCCACUUUUAACAAUUGAGAGAAUUUUUGGUUUGUUUUAGAGUUACUUUCCUGCAAUUCUACACAUUUAGAUUUAGAAUUUAGAUUUUGCCAUUUUAAAACACAUUUUAUGCAAUUUUACUCAUUUAGCCAUGGGGUGGAGACAUAUUAGUCAUGUUUAAGCUAAUUUCCUGCAAUUCUACACAUUGUGUUCUGACUUAUGCCAUGUUAAUAUAUCUGAGUGAGAGUGACAAAAAAAAAAGAAAUUGAUGGGGGGCCAUGAUUACUAUGUUUAGAUUGCUGGCUAGACUAAUUUACUAAUCUAAAAAUGUGUAGCUAAUUGAGUGAGUUUCAGUGACUGACAUAAGAUAAAGACGGCUGAUGCACAACUUAACUCUCAACAGUCAAUUCCCCCGAAUUAGUUCCUAUUUAUUUAUUUCAAUAAAUUGUUUUGGGUUUGAUCUGCCAGUUGCCCAUCCCUGCUCUAGAUUGUCUACACUGUACAUGUUACUGUAUAUAAUGAUAAAAAGUGCAUGUUUAACAUGUUUUCUUACAAACUUUUUCAAUCACCUAAGAGGACGUAUAAGCUGGAAGGGUUACUUGUUGCUUUAUUCAUUUGGGUUUGUUUUCUGAGCAGUUCAUUCGCUGUUUCUCCAUGGUAAAUCCAGAGUUCAGAUAAGUCCAGGUUUCCAUCCAACCAGAGCUGGAUGGAAACCAAUGUUUAUAAAGUAUAACCUGUUCAUUGUGUUGUGUGCUUUCCCAACAGAUAAUGUGGCUGUGAGAAAGACCUGAUAGAUAAUGGAAUUGUUUCUUGCUCUAACCUUUGCUUUGAUGUUUUGUAAGAAAUCAUUGUAAAAAUGUUGUACAUUUUAGAAUGUCUUCUAGGAUGUUGGUCUCACACUAAAUUUAUGCCUUUAUCAAAUUAAAUAAAGUGUACAUGAACCCAU